AUGAUUGAGUUUGAGUUGGCUUGCAAUUGCCAAACUCUGACCGACCGGUUCUCCGACGCAGCGGAAGAGCUAAGCCGGAGUUUUGGUGCAGCGAGAACAAGCGUUGAACGCGUGCAAGAGCUGUUUUUGAAGUGCGUUUGGUUGAAAGCCGAGUCCAAGAUCGUAGAGUCGUGGCAUGCGCUUUCGCGCACGAUCCGGGAAGCGCAAGAGCUGGGCAUCGAUAAGGAUGGAGGUAUCGAAGGCCUGUGCGAGUUUGAUAUCGAGAUCAGGAGACGUCUCUGGACGUUGCUGUACAUCUGGGACUGGCAAAUGUCAGCAUGGCUCGGCCGUCCAAACCUCAUCGACCAGAAGAAUCUCGACUUCAAGUUCCCCAAUCUACGGCUCGACAAGUCGACCACGGAGCCAAACCUACUAUCACCCUUCGCACACAUCGCCCUUCAAGCAUACCUCGGUCGUAGGAUCGCCGCGACCAUGGGGAAUGCCCAAUCUGAACACGCUCUUUCAGACAAACAGGUCUUGGCAAUAGAAGCGGAAUGCGAAAAGUUCAUCGAGGAGCUGCCACCCAUCUUCCGCUUCACAGACCCCGACACCUCGUUUGAUGAGUCCCAUCCUUUCUUCGUGUUCCAGCGCUGUCAGCUACAUUGCGUCAUUUUCGUGACGAUGCUGAAUUUCUUCAAGCCCUACCUGACCCGCGAACGAAAAGACGCGAUAGCUGAUCAAGACGACGAGUUUCGGAGGAAAGGUGUGGAUAUCGCGUUGCGACUUCUGAAAGUAGCGCGCCAGCUCUUCGACCACGAGUUCCCCAUCAACGCGAAGUUCCACAUGGUAGUCUUCGCGAUCUUCGACACGGCGACUCUGCUCUGCUCGGCUAUUAUACACGAUCGCGAGCACCUUCUACCUCAUCGCGAAGAGAUUGUGGAUGCAAUCGAAAGCUCCCUGGAUAUGCUGCAUCAGCUCAGCGGGACAACGAAACUAGGCGCUACAUCGUACAACUUCCUCUUCAAGCUCGUGCAGGCCACACCAGAGCUUUCGCGGUACUCAUCAGCUAGUAAGCGGCAACGACAAACUUCUUCCUCGGUCCCUACGACAACACCGCCGGUGCCGGCGCAUGAGCCUGCGCCUGUAGCUGUGAUGCCACCGGUGAAGAACACAGCGCUGCCGGAGCCGACUGCUGCACCGGUACUUUCCACUGCUGGCGAUCUUCCGUCGAUGACGAUCUCGGAUGAGCUGUCCUUCGAUAUCGAUCAGUUCCUAGCCCAGAACCCCUUUGGCACGGUCGGUGAUCCGGCUGCCGUCGACAUGGGUGGUAUGGAGCAGAUUUGGGACUGGCAGGAUUUGCAUAUAGACGUUUACGCGCAGGGAGAGCCGGAUGUAUGGAAUGCUACCGGUGAUGGAUCGUGA